AUGGCCGGCCGCGGCGGCUUCUUCCGCGGCGGGGCGCCCAGCCUGAGGCCUGAAUCGGCCAUCAAGCGGGCUGACGAGCUGCUGAGCGUGGGCCAGAAGCAGAACGCCCUGCAAACGCUGCAUGACACCAUCACCAACAAGCGGCAGCAGCGCAACUGGACCAAGGCGCUGGAGCAGGUCAUGUUCAAGUACAUUGACAUCUGCGUGGACAUGAAGCAGGGCCGCAAGUGCAAGGACGCGCUGAUCAACUAUCGCAAUGCCUGCCAGCAAGUGAACGUGGGCUCCCUGGAGGACGUGAUCAAGUACCUGCUCCAGGUGGCCAGCCAGCGGGCCGAGGAGGCCAGCAAGGCGGCGGAGGCCAAGCUGGAUGCGGUGGAGGACCUGGAGGCGGAGGCGAGCCCGGAGGAGAUGAUGCUCAGCUACGUCAGCGGCGAGAAGAGCAAGGACCGCACGGACCGCGAGAUGGUCACCCCCUGGUUCAAGUUCCUGUGGGAGUCGUACAGGAAUGUGCUGGACAUCCUGCGCAACAACUCCCGCCUGGAGGCGCUCUACUCCAUGGCCACAUCCCGCGCAUGCCAGGUGCGGCGGUGGCGCCACGGGGCCAUUGCGCGCCACGGGUGCUGCUCCGCGGUGCCGGCAGCUGCGGGUGGCAGCACGGGCAGGCAGCAGCCUGUCGUCGCGCUGCCGCCGCCUGGCCUCAGCCCGCCCUUGCCCCGGGCCCCCUGCCCACCCCGCGUGCCCCUGCCCCCGCGCAGUUCUGCCUGGCGUACAAGCGCACCACCGAGUUCCGCCGCCUGUGCGACAUUGUGCGCAACCACCUGA